AUGUUCCUUUUGCCAUGACUGCGCGGCGUGGACCGGAGUGGCUCUGAAGUGCAACCGGGAGAGCUUCCCGAGCCGCCGCCGCCGCCAGCGCCGCCACCUCUUUUCCCGCGAACACCAUGAGGAGAGCGGCGCCGCUUUUCUUCCUUUUCUUGCUGUGCCUCGGCAAGAUAAAAGCUGCUGUUUCUUCUUGUGGUGAAGAAUGCAGUUCUUUAACGGAUGUACGUGUGUCAGAAAUAGAAAUAAGUAUCCCGUUUCCUGGCAGCUUCAGAAUAAGUAAUGUGACUUUUGCAAAUGGGACACAGACAAAGCCUCUACUUGUGAAUGGUUCAAUAUCUGAACUUGAUCCUGGUACACAGUAUGUUGUGUAUUUUACAAAUGGGAAUUCUACAUGUUGCGAAGUCAUUACAACAAAGCCCAGUCCAGUGUCUGAUCUUCACGUGGAAAGCAUCGGUACCACAACAGUGAAUUUAACAUGGAAGAGCGAAGACCUGCAAGCUAUUAACUAUACCUAUCGAAUAGAAAUAGAAGGAAAUGCAUCUCCGAGAAAUGAGUCUUCUGAUACCACCAGUGCAGUAAUUAGCAACCUGGAACCCGGAACAUGGUAUAGGUUCAACAUCUAUCCGGUUGCUCCUGAUAAUAAAACUGAGGGAGAGCCAAAUAAUGCAUCGCUGUAUACAAAGCCGAGUCCAGUGUCUGAACUUCAUGUUCAAAGUGUCGGUACCACAACAGUGAAUUUAACGUGGAAAAACGAAGACCUGCAUGCCACUAACUAUACCUACCGAAUAGAAAUAGAAGGAAAUUCAUCUCGUAGAAAUGAGUCUUCUGAUACCACCAGUGCAGUAAUUAGCAACCUGGAACCCGGAGCAUGGUAUAAGUUCAAUAUCUAUCCGGUCGCGCCUGAUAAUAAAACUGAAGGAGAGCCAAAGAAUGCAUCGCUGUAUACAAAGCCAAGUCCAGUUUCUGAGCUUCAUGUUGAAGGCAUCGGUACCACAACAGUGAAUUUAACGUGGAAAAACGAAGACCUGUAUGCUACUAACUAUACCUACCGGAUAGAAGUAGAAGGAAAUGCAACUCGUAGAAAUGAGUCCUCUGAUACCACCAGUGCAGUAAUUAGCAACCUGGAACCCGGAGCAUGGUAUAAGUUCAAUAUCUAUCCGGUCGCGCCUGAUAAUAAAACUGAAGGAGAGCCAAAGAAUGCAUCGCUGUAUACAAAGCCCAAUCCAGUUUCUGAGCUUCACGUUGAAAGCGUCAGUACCACAACAGUGAAUUUAACAUGGAAGAGCGAAGACCUGCAUGCUACUAACUAUACCUACCGAAUAGAAAUAGAAGGAAAUGCAUCUCAUAGAAAUGAGUCUUCUGAUACCACCAGUGCAGUAAUUAGCAACCUGGAACCCGGAACAUGGUAUAGGUUCAACAUCUAUCCGGUUGCUCUUGAUAAUAAAACUGAGGGAGAGCCAAAGGAUACAUCGCUGUAUACAAAGCCCAGCCCAGUUUCUGAGCUUCAUGUUCAAAGCAUCGGUACCACAACAGUGAAUUUAACAUGGAAGAAUGAAGACCUGCAUGCUACUGACUAUACCUACCGAAUAGAAAUAGAAGGAAAUGCAUCUCUUAGAAAUGAGUCCUCUGAUACUACCAGUGCAGUAAUUAGCAACCUGGAACCCGGAACAUGGUAUAGGUUCACCGUCUAUCCGGUUGCUCCUGAUAAUAAAACUGAGGGAGAGCCAAAGGAUACAUCGCUGUAUACAAAGCCCAGUCCAGUGUCUGAUCUUCGCGUGGAAAGCAUCGGUACCACAACAGUGAAUUUAACAUGGAAAAACGAAGACCUGCGAGCUACUAAUUAUACAUACCAAAUAGAAAUAGAAAGUAAUGCAUCUCUUAGAAAUGAGUCUUCUGAUACCACCAGUGCAGUAAUUAGCAACCUGGAACCUGGAACAUGGUAUAGGUUCACCGUCUAUCCAGUCGCCCCUGAUAAUAAAACUGAGGGAGAGCCAAAGAAUACAUCACUGUAUACAAUUCCCAGCUCAGUGUUCAACAUAAGUGUUAACGACAUCAGUACAACAGUGGUCAACUUAACAUGGAAGAACUCUGAUUUGGCAUCUGUUGAGUACUUCUAUAGGAUAAAUGUCAGUGAGGGAGCUGGUGUGAACACGGUCUUCGCAGAUACCAGUGCUGUAAUUUCAGGGCUAAGCCCUGGGACUCAGUACACAUUCAGCAUAUAUUCAAUUGCAGGAGAUAUGAAGACGGAAGGAAAGUCAAGCUCCAUAAAUUAUUGUACAAUUCCAGCAUCAGUGGAUGUAUUGAUGUGUGAGCCAGUGGCUAAACAGGCAGAACUGAUUCUCAACUGGACUCCUCCAAAUGGGACAUUUGUAGGCUUCCACCUUCUUGUCUUAAAUAAUCCUUGGAACAAAACAUUAUCUAAAGAAUAUAACACCACAGUAACAAAUUUGAGUUAUUUUACCAACUACACUGUUCAAGUUAUAACUCGUUCAUGUGAAAAAGAGAGCAUUCCUAAAGAAAUAACAUGUCACACAAGUAUUACUGAUCCUCCACCUCCAUCUGAUCCCCCUGCUGUCAAAGCAUUAAAUCACUAUUCUUUGAAUGUUCAGUUUGGUGUCUUUAAUUCAACACAUGGACCUGUAACAGCAUACGCAAUAGUGGUCACAACUUCAGAAGGACCAAUCUCUAAUGAUUCCUUGCAGUAUACAUAUGAUGAGUUCAUCAAAAAGAAAACAAAUGCUUACGUUGCAUCUAUCAUUGAAGUCCAGCAAAAGUAUUCCUCUUCCUCUAACAGUCAACAGUAUGAUAUGAAAGUAGGAGAUGGAUCUAAAGUAUAUGGUUAUGUCAACGGAAAGUUAGAUCCCCUUGGUUCAUACAGGGUGUGUGUUGCUGGUUUCACUCAAAUGAAUUUAAAUGAGACAAUUCAACUCAUCAAUGUGGACAAGAGUUUUCUCUCAUUUUCGCCUAGUUCAGGGACUGUAGUCCUACCUCAGAACCCAGAUGUCAUCACUGGAGCUGUUGUUGGAUGUGUUCUGGCUGCUGUAAUUGUUGCUGUAAUUGUAGGAUUCAUAUUCUGGAAAAAGAGAAGAGAUGGUGGAAAAAAUAGUGAUGUGCCAUUUUCUAUCAUUGAAUCAAAGUCAAUGAAGGUUGAUCACUUUGACUCCUACUUUAAGAAACAGAAAGCAGACUCAAACUGUGGGUUUGCAGAAGAAUAUGAGAAUCUCAGGCUGGUUGGUGUAAAUCAGCCCAAAUUUGCAGCUGAACUGCCAGAAAACAAAGGCAAAAACAGAUACAACAAUGUUUUGCCAUAUGAAUUUUCUCGUGUUAAACUUUCGAUGAAGACCAGUCCGUUUGAUGAUUACAUUAAUGCAAACUAUAUGCCUGGGUACAACUCCAAGGAAGAGUUCAUUGCCGCUCAAGGCCCUUUGCCAACCACCGUGCAAGACUUCUGGCGCAUGAUAUGGGAGAAGAACAUUUAUGCAGUAGUCAUGUUGACCAAAUGUGUUGAACAGGGCAGGACAAAAUGUGAGGAGUACUGGCCAAACAAACAAUCCAAGAGCUAUGGAGACAUCAUAGUAGCGAUGACAUCUGAAAUUGUCCUCCCAGAGUGGACUAUAAGAGAUUUCUCCGUGGAAAAAGUGAGUGAUUCAAUGUGCAUAUGUUUGUGUUUUUUAACAUGGCAUUCCAGAAUGAUGUACAUGUGGAACCCAAGUCAGGCAUGACUAGUAUAUCCACUG